AUGGAACACAACACGACGGAGGAGGAGAAGCAAGAUGUCAUUCAGUGGUCUAAACCGAUCCCCGUCGAGCAGUUCAACGACCCCGCUUUCAUGAAUCGAAACCUCGACGAUGAGGAGCCAAGUUUUGGGGGCAACGGCACUUUGGAGAUUCUACAGGUUAUACAAUUACUGGAGAGAUCUGGCAUUACCUGCUGUAUAGUUGGCAUAUCCGCUCUGAUCUAUUACGGCGCUGCGAGGGGACGCAGGGACUGGGAGGUGUGUGUGCCUACAGAGAAGCUCAAAGAUGCGUCUGCACUUCUGAGUUCAGUCGAUACCUACGAAACCUAUCCACCUCGCCCACCGGGUAUGCAAUCAUUACUCCACACUUUCCCACGAUUCAAAAUCCGAGGCAAAGCAAUGUGCUUUACCUUGAUCCCCUCAGACGACGCGCAUAUCGACUGCAUACCUGCCAACAUCGAGCGUAGCCAAAUGGAUCUGCCGUACCCAACUCUAGAGGUGUUUGCACAGAGUCUUCUCGACACCAACGACAUGGUCGCACUCACGGAUCUCAUAGAUGGCAUGAAUCUGACUGAACAAUGGGGUUUAGAUCAUCUGAAACUUGAUGGCGAGAAUGAUUUAGCGUGGGUAUUGCGAAAGAAUGAGAAGAUUCGAGCUUCAGUUCCACUUACCUUUACCUCGUGUCUCCGGGAACUUGCAAUUAAACCCAUCAACCUGAAAGAGACUUGGAUUGAAAUUGUCCGAACCAAAGAGCGUCGUAUUGGGGAGGAAUUGGCAGGGGCGGACUUGGCCACGCGGUUCCGUGGUCGGACAUCCCCGGAUCCGAGGACCAGAGAGAGGUGCGACGCGUAA